GCCACUUUGGCCAGCCAUCAGAGCCACUCCACUCAGCUAGCUAGCUACCACCAGCAGCCAUCAUCCAUCCCAUCCCACUGCGUUUCAUUCCAACACCAUCAUAUCACUCAUCUCACUCUGCUCACACUCUCACCUGAAUCUGAUCUGCCUACACAACGAAUCCAAGCUAGCCAACAAGUUUACCAGCUUCUGUCUCAUAGAGCUCACUUGGUUCAGAGGGCGGCAAGGCAAUGGUGGAACCGAGCAGAUCAGCCGGUGCCAAGAGCUCCAUCACCACCACCACUACCGUGAGGAAGAAGAAGCUGGCGGCAACAUCACCAGCCACCCCCAAGCCGGACAAGGAGAAGCCGGCGGAUCAGGGCGGCAAGAAACAGCAGAGCAGCCACGGCGGCGCAGGUGCCGCUGCUGCGGCUGUGGAGAGCCCUUCCUACAGGCUGGCUCUCCGGAGCCUCUUCUCCUGCCGGAACAGCCACGCGGCGCAGCACCAGCACAACCAGCGCGCGGCCCCGCCGCAGCCGGCGCCGGCGCCGGCGGACGACGCCUCCAGCAGGAGGUGCAAGAAGAAGUCCAAGAAGCAGACGCAGCUCGGCUGCUCCGCCUCCAUCUGCAAGCUCCGGGACGCCAGCCCGCGCCGGGUCACGCUGCACCGCCCGCCAGCCGAGGAGGACCCGCCCUCCGGCGCCGCAGCAGGAGCCGGCGAGCCGUGCAAGCGCCGGGCGUCGGUGAGCGGGGGCGGCGAGCGGCGGGUGAAGAAGCCCCUCCAACAACAGCAGCCGCAGCAGGGGCAGGGGAGCGAGGCGGCGGGCGCCGUGGUGGUGGGCUCCUCGUCGAGGCACUGGGGGUCGUCCACGGCGUCGUCGUCCUCGUCGACGGCGGGCGGCGGCGGCGGGUCGUCGUUCCGGCUGCGGCGGCUGUCCGGGUGCUACGAGUGCCACAUGGUGGUGGACCCCGCCGGCGGGGGCUCCUCCAUGCGCGCCGCCAUCUUCCCCUGCCCCGACUGCGGCGACGUCUUCGUCCGGGCCGAGAGCCUCCACCUCCACCAGUCCACAUGCCACGCAGUGUCGGAGCUGGGGCCGGAGGACACGAGCCGGAACAUCAUCGAGAUCAUCUUCCAGUCGAGCUGGCUCAAGAAGCAGACCCCGGUGUGCGCCGUGGACCGCAUCCUCAAGGUGCACAACGCGCCGGCCACCCUCGCCCGCUUCGAGGCCUACCGCGACGCCGUCAAGGCCAGGGCGCGCGGUGGACGCCCCGGCGCGGGGCGGUGCACCGCCGACGGCAACGAGCUGCUCCGCUUCCACUGCGCCGCGCUCGCCUGCUCCCUCGGCGCCGGCGGGGCCACCCACCUCUGCGACGGCGCCGGCAACUCCUCCUGCGCGGCGUGUGGGAUUGUUCGGGAUGGGUUCAAGUUCAGGGCGCCCGGGGUCCGCACCAUGGCCACCAGCGGCCGCGCGCACGACGAUGCCGUGGCCGUGGGUGGGGAGGAGGGGGAGGGCGGCGGAGGAGAGCGGCGCAGGGCCAUGCUCGUGUGCCGGGUCAUCGCCGGCCGGGUGAAGCGCCGCUGCGAGGGCACGGCGGACAAGGAGGAGGUGGAAGCAGCGUCGCCGUCGGCGGAGGAGGAAGCGGAAGCAGAGGAGGAGUACGACUCGGUUGCCGGGACGGCGGGGGUGUACUCGAGCCUGGACGAGCUGGAGGUGUUCAACCCCACCGCCAUUCUCCCCUGCUUCGUCGUCGUCUACAAGGCUUGACUCAUAACUGACGAUUAUUUCCUAGCUACUCCUGUCCUCAGGGAAUUUACUAAUCAAUUCCUUUCACGUCGACCUAAUUACUUUGUUGCCUUUUCAGUUUAGUGGUAGUCAUCAUGUUACAUAGUACCUUAAUUAGUUUGUAUGAUCAGCAGCACUAGUGUCAGUUCAUCUUUGUAUGAUCAAUGGCAAUGAUGAAUUGAUCAGAUGCUACUUCAGCCAGAACUAUAUUUUUCCAACAUUUGCAAGAAUAGACUUCAGUUUA